GUAUUAUGAGACGGAUCUGCUGCUUCUGGAGCUGGAGCUGGAGAGCAAACGCAGGGCUCGGGAGAGGAGGAAGAAACAGAGGCUGAUGGAGGCGCAGACGCACCGAGGAACCAUCAGAGCUGUGAUGAUGAAUGAUAAUCCGCAAACGGAAGACCUAGAUGAGAGGAAUCUCUUCUCCAGAGGUUCACAUCGUCUCCCGGAGCUGAGACUUGUUCUGCUGGGAGAGAGGGAGACGGGAAAAAGCUCUGCCGGGAACGCCGUCCUCGGUGGAGCGGAAUACUUUCAAAGCGGAGAGGCCACUGAGGAGUGUUCGAGACAACAGACGGAGGUUUCUAACAGACUGGUGACGGUGGUGGAUGUGCCCGGAUGGGAGGGUGAACCUGGAGGAUUAACUCCAGAGAGAGUGAAGCGAGAGAUUGGACUUAGCGUCACGCUUUGUCCUCCUGGACCUCAUGCAUUUCUACUGGCACUGAGAGUGGAC